GUGACACCUCGAAUCCUCAGUGGAAAAUGGCCCUAAGAGAUCCCAAGAUUUUGCACUCGCUAACAGUGGAUGUGGGCCUGAUCGUCCUUUUUGUCCUGCAGCACAGCCUGAUGGCUUCUGAUCGGGUCAAACACUGGACCUGCAACUGCUUUGGGGUCUUGCAGAGAACGGUCUAUGUUUUUUGCACAGACUUAUCCCUUCAGUUGCUGAUGAGGUAUUGGCAGCCAGUACAGGAUGGUCCUAUGCUGUGGAAUACAAACACCGAGCCAUGGAUCACUUGGGUUCCACUCAUCUGCUUUAUCCUUCAUUUCAUCUCCUGGCUAAUCAUCUUUAGCAUCAUUCUCAUCUUCGAUUAUGCAGAGCUGAUGGGAGUCAAGCAG